GUAUCCUUCAAAUUGGGGAAAAGUAGGAUGCAUUCGUGGGCCGCAUUCGGAGGAGUCUCGUCUUUUAAAAAAAAUUGGGACAGCCUUCUUUCGGCGGAAGUGACGUGUGCGGUCUACGAAUGCACCCUUCGAAGUAUGCAACCCCUGAAUAGGCUACAUGCACUAGGGUCUGAGACGUACUUCCGCCUUAGCCGUUAUACUGCUCGGACGCUUCCGGGUUGCUUCUGGUCUGCGUAGCUGAGCGUCCACAAAUGUUUUACUGUUUAAAUCUGUGGUUUAAAUAUGAGUCGACGGAAGAUUUUCAAAACGGAGCAUUUGCAAAGACAAGUAAAGAACUACUCCGAGCACUGCUGUGUCCCACUUUGUACGGCGUCAGCUAAAUUCAACGGCGUCCUAAGUUUCCAUGGCUUUCCGACCGAACUCGAGCUGCGAAGACUGGUUAAAAUAGGACGCGAUAACUUUACAAUCUCCUCUCACUCCAAGGUCUGCAGUCGUCACUUCGCUACGGAUCAACUAAUAGAGCCAAAACCCCUUGAUGGCCGUAGGAGGCUUGUGAAAGGUGCUGUCCCAACUCUGUUUGAGUGGAAUCACUUCACUGCUCAAACACCGCGGGCUAGUGUUUGGGAGAGAAGGGAGCGGCCCACUGAACCAGUCUCUCGGGAGGAGCAGGAAGAGCACAUCGAUGUCCGUGACCAUGAUUACUGCUCAACCCCUGAACCAGCUUCACUGGACAUGUCCUCUCAAGCUACAGAAGACAACUCCAAAACAUUGGAGGAUCUGCAGAAGCAACUGCAGGAGUUAAGAGUCCAGCGAGAGUUUUGCUUACAGCGGUUUGCUGGCUCCGACGACAACAUCCGAUUCUAUACCAGAUUCCCGAGCUAUAACCACCUGAUGGCCUUCUGGUUUUUGAUUGAGCCUUCCAUUUAUAAAAUGGUUCGUGUUACAAGAGCGAUAUCAGCUGCCAAGAGGAAUGAAGAAGUGGUUACACACGCACGUCCAUCAACGAGACAGCUGCUUCAGCCAAUUGACGAGUUCUUCCUUUUUCUCUGCUUCCUGUCGGUGGGUUUGAAAGAGAGGGACCUUGCAAACCGCUUCAACGUACACCAGUCCACUGUGAGCCGCAUCAUUGCAACAUGGACGAGUUUUCUUACAACUUUAUUGGGGUCACAGUGCAUCUGGCUUACACCUGCAGAAGUUCAAGCCCACCUCCCAGAGGCAUUCAAAGAUUUCCCAGACACACAGGUGAUCCUGGGACACCUCAGCUCUGUGCAAUCACAGAGCUGAGGUGUCAAACACCAUCCUCACU